AUGUCUCCCCUGUGGUCUGGCGCCGUGCGCUGGUGCUUUGAGGAUUCCAAACUGUUGGGAGUUGGACAGAGUGCCAACCCCAGCACGGAGAAAGGUGUUAUCCUCAAGGAAAAGACCUCUGUACACAACUUGAGCAAAACACAGCAGACCAGACUCACUGUGGGCAGCCUGGGAUUGGGCCUGAUCGUUAUUCAGAAUGGGCCCUACCUCCAGAUCAGCCACCUCAUCAAGAAAGGGGCUGCAGCCAACGACGGGAAACUCCAGCCAGGGGAUGUUCUGAUUAGCGUUGGCCAUGCCAGUGUGUUGGGAUACACACUCCGCGAAUUUUUGAAGCUUUUGCAAAAAAUCACUGUAGGAACAGUGCUGCAAGUCAAGGUUUACCGAGAUUUUAUUGACAUACCCCAAGAAUGGCAAGAGAUACGAGAUUUAAUCCCUGAAAUCAAAUUUCCAGUAGUGCCCACACCGAAGAAAACAGAGCAGGGCAAGGAUGAGCCUUCCACGAGCAGCGAUGACAAUGAAGGCACAGUUUUGGAUAAAAGACUCAAGUAUUACAGAUAUCCACGGUCAGUUUGGCAUCACCCCAUAAGGACACCAAUCUCCAUCUCCACAGAAUGGCAUGGAUAUAAAAAGAACCACCAGGCUCUUAGUGUUGGAGAAGGUAUUAACUAUGAUGUGGUGAUUCACAAAGAUCACAAGACAGAACUGAGAGCCCCUUCUCCAUACUGGGCAAUGGUAAGGCAAGACAACGACAGCUCCUCCUCCUCGGUCUCUUCCACCUCAGAUGCCUUUUGGCUGGAGGACUAUGCCCAAGCUGAGAAGGGCAAAGGUUAACCAUUAUCAAAGGUUGCUUAGGCAGCUGCUGUUUGCAAAUCUGUGGUCAUUCAACACUUAUCCCAAUUUUUACACCUUAUGCACAGGUUUGCAGAACUCCCACAGGAAGACAUACAAACUUAACCAGUUCUCUAACAUGACUGCUGAAACGCCUUUAUAGACAUUCCUUAGGAUGAC